UAUUGAUGUGAUCGACGACGGAGGACUUCAAUCUAGCGCGAACAGUAGUUUAGGACCGUUGAGUUCUUUUUUGAGAAGAACAAGGAAACCGGCGCUUGCGUCCUCCUGGAGAGUGGAACGAAAAGCAGCCAUCUGUGUUUAACUUGCAGAAAAGUUUCAAACGGUACAAUUUGUCAGGGAACAUGUGCUCAAUCCAACAAGUAUAAUAGAAAUCUAAAUUGGCAAAUCCUGGGUAAUCAGUGUGUCGUGUGUUACUAAGUCAGUGUCAGUGAACCAGAAGUGAUUACUACAAUUGAAAAAGUGAAACAAUCGAUUCAUCAGAAAAAGAAGAACAUAAUUAAUAUCGCCAUGACACCGAAGCCACAGGAAAGUAUCCCAGUGGUGCACGCUGGAGAAGACCAAGAUAUUCCGGGUUCGUUGAAUAACGCCACCAGCUUGGGUAACCUGAGCAGCAACCUCAAACUGAACGGGUUGAUCAAUAAUGGUUUCGUAUCGGACUGUCCGGUCCAGUCCGCCAGCAAAUCCAACCAAACAAAGGAACUAGAGCUGAAAGGGAAGAAUAAUGUCGAGAACACCAGCUUGAACUCUAGCGGUGCAUCGGUGCAGGAAAAACCGAUCGUUGACUUCGAUGAUCUACUGCCGCAUGUAGGCGAGUUUGGACGAUAUCAGAAGAUCCUCUUUCUGCUCAUGAUCCCGUUCGCGUUCUUUGUGGCGUUCGUGUACUUUUCGCAAAUUUUCAUCACUAUCACACCCGAAGAGCACUGGUGUUGGGUUCCCGAGCUUGAACACUUGUCCGUAGAGGAAAGACGCGCCUUAGCGAUUCCUGUUGAGUAUGAACAUGGAACUGAGUUUGACGAUGGAAUGGCUUCCUACAGCAAGUGCUCCAUGUAUGCAGUUAACUAUACCGAAGUGUUAGCCAACAAUAUCCGCAAGGCUGAUCCGUCCUGGCCGACGCAGCCUUGCAAGCACGGUUGGGAGUACAACUUUACCGAUGUGCCGUACCGGACAGCGGCCACCGAUCUCGAAUGGGUCUGCGAAAACGCCUACCUUGCGACCCUGUCCCAGUCGAUUUUCUUCGUUGGUGCCAUAGUCGGUGGGCUGCUGUUCGGUUGGAUCGCCGAUCGAUACGGACGCAUCCCAGCCCUGGCCGGCUGCAACUUGAUAGGAUUCGUUGCCGGCGUGGCCACCGUUCUCUCCGGCAACUUUUGGCAGUUCGCGCUGUGCCGGUUUCUGGUGGGAUUCGCCUUCGACAACUGCUUCACCAUGAUGUACAUUUUGGUUUUGGAAUACGUUGGUCCGAAAUGGCGAACCUUCGUAGCGAACAUGUCGAUCGCCCUGUUCUUCACUGCUGCUUCUUGUGCCCUCCCAUGGAUCGCCUACUAUCUGGCCAACUGGAAACUGUUUGCCGUUGUUACCUCCGCUCCACUGGCCUUGGCCAUUCUCACUCCAUGGCUCGUUCCCGAGUCCGCGAGAUGGCUCGUCGCUCAAGGCAAAGUGGACAAAGCUGUCAGCAUCCUGAAGAAGUUCGAGAGGAUCAACAAGAAAAACGUUGACGCCAGAGUGUAUCAGGAUUUUACCGAAAGCUGCGUCCGCAUGCAGGAGGAAGAAGCUGCCAACAAAAGUUACUCCGUACUGGAUCUAUUUAAGACCCCACGCCUUCGCAAAAUCACCCUUCUGCUUAUUGUCAUCUGGAUGGCCAUCUCGUUGGUAUUCGACGGUCACGUGCGUAAUGUCGGUUCGCUCGGAUUGGAUCUGUUCUUCACGUUCACCGUUGCUGCGGCCACUGAACUGCCGGCUGACACUUUCCUCACCUUUACCCUGGAUCGGUGGGGUCGCCGUUGGUUGGCCUGUGGAUCAAUGGUUUUCAGCGGUGUGUUCAGCCUACUCGCCACCACCUUUCCAAUUGGUCCUUACUCUGCUACUUUGGCUAUGAUGGGCCGAUUCAGUGUCAACAUUUCAUACAACAUUGGUCUUCAGUAUGCGGCCGAAUUGCUGCCUACCGUGGUCCGCGCACAAGGUGUGGCCUUCAUUCACAUUAUGGGCUAUGUGGCCAGCAUUGUCGCUCCAUUCGUUGUAUAUCUUUCGCACAUUUCGCCAUCGAUGCCAUUGAUUGUGCUUGGAAUCAUCGGUAUCUUUGGAGGAGUCCUGUCCCUGAUGCUGCCCGAAACUCUCGGACACGAUCUGCCGCAAACGCUGGUAGAUGGAGAAGAAUUCGGACGUGGGCAGAAGAUCUGGGAUUUCCCGUGCAUGGCCAAGAAAAUCAAUGACGAUGUGGUGGGCGACCUUCCAGUCGAGCGUUUCACUCGGGCUACCUCAAAGCACUCCAUCGGUGCUUCCCUGCGUGCGUCGACGCGUGGAGAAUUGCGCUCCAGUAUGCUGAACCGUUCGAUUCGAUCCCGCAUCUCGGUGCGAUCUCUCCAGCAACGUUCACCGGAUCAAAUAACGGCUAUGGUAUAAGCGGUACCGGUGAUGUUCCACGCUUCCCCGAGAAGGACAUCACUGAUCAGACACAACUAGUACCUUGUAGCCGAAAGUCAGGAGAUAGAACCGAUAGACUUUUGUCUCUGGAGCCGUGGCCCAGGGACACAUUUAGUCCAACCUGCAGUCAACCGUAUCGGGUGACGUAUUAGUUUAAUUACUUGUACAUUAUGAACACAUUAUUCUGGAGCACCCGUCGCUGUAAGGUUUUUAUGAAGUAAAAUCCAUAGAAAAAUGAAGAUAGGUUGAACGUUUGAUCGAAAUGAGCGCCAGGUUAGCGAGUUAGCAAGCAUAAGGAGAGCCUAAGCCAAAAACAUAAAAAUAACCAAUGUGAGGACGCAAUAGUCGGAUUCCACAACUUCGACACCGAAAUACGUUUUCUAAAUACGGAACAGUGCAACAUAAAAGAUCAGCCAUAGUGCAUUUGAUUAGAACAAAAUCAAAUUUGCCACAAGUAUUAACAACAAACAUAUAAAAACCACUGAAAAACCAAUAGCAGUUCCUCAGUCUGUGUUAGUCAAUCAAGACGUGUGAUAGUGCCUUCAUCCAAUCAAUUUUAAAAUUAUAGAUUUUAGUUUAGUUGUAGAUUGUAGGAAUCAUACAUUGUCAAAACAGUGAUAUCAGAAAAGAUGUAUGAUUUUCUAACGUUAUUUCAAAUUUCAUAAGGUAGGAACGGAAAUAGUCCAACCAAAACAACAAUUUGACGUGAUCGUAUCUGUGCUGGUUACUGUUGGUAAAACGAUUUAAUACAUGAAAUUUGUAAGAAGUUCGAGUAGCGAUCGUUUGUGCGCUAGACUUAUAUUCUAUUUUUAAUUUAUUACAGUAUUUAUUUAAAACGACUAUUCGUACCGCUAGAUUGGAAUCUUAUGAACAAGUGUACGUAGAAACUUAAACUAAACAGACAAUCGAAUGCAGGAACGUUUGGCUUUUGAAUGUAGUGAUUUGUAAUUUCAUUACAGUAUAAAUAUAGUAAAAUAAAGACAAAAUUUUAAGA